AUGAAGGAAGUAAGGUUGACGCUUCACGACAAGGCGUUCAACCACUUUCGCUUCAAAGACGACUUUGCGCGUGUCAUAUCGGGGGAGGAGGAAGGGGUCUAUGGAUGGGUUGCGGUUAACGCGGAGAGGAAGACGCUGGGAGCGCCCCCUGAAGAGACCCUGGGGGCACUCGACAUGGGGGGAAGCAGCAGUCAGAUCACGUUCUGUCCUUUCUUCACGUCCAUCCUAGAAGACUUCUACGCCUUGCACCUCGGCAACACCAGCAUUCGUCUCUACUCCCAUUCGUUCCUCGGUUACGGGUGGGCAGAUGCACUGACCCGUGUUAGCAUCAAAAUCGCAGCCGAGGCACUAACGGAAAAGCCUCAAACUGCGAGCGCCAGGCCCUCUCUUGGAGCCCUCCUCGCCUCGCCUUUUACGCAGCAGCUAAAGCACAAGGGAGACGCCUCUACGGGGCCUAUCCGCCUCGUCGCACAGCACCCCUGCUUCCCUGUAGGGCACGCCUUUUCUUUCUCCCUACCGCGAGUCGAUCAGGCAGGCCUUCGCCUGUACGUGGACUUGGACGCCGACACACUUGAAGCCCUUUUGCUGCUGAUGCGCAUUCCCAAACAAGAGCGAGAUCAGAUCGUUCAGGCGGCCAUGCCCAAGGGAGUCGCUGCGAGGCAUCGACUGCAAGACGAAGAAGGCAAGGAAACCUUCGGCAGGGCGAUAGUAGACUCAGGCGAAGCAGCAGACGCUGUGGAGGGAGCUCCCAAGAUACCCGAGGCGCUAGCGACGCCUCCUGUAGUUCCAGGGGAGGCCAGCGGGGAGCAGCCGGGUGUCUUACGGAGGGAGGAGGAGGAGGCGAAGGCAGAGGAGCCUCCACGGAGGCUACCAGGGGAAAAGAAGCGGGCGAAGAGAGGCAAAGAGGGCACAAAGGGGAAGCACCAGGGUAUAAAGGUCAAGGUCAAAUUUCAUGGAAGCGGGGACUUUGAACAGUGUCAUGCGCUGGCUUCUGGUGCUUCUGAUUUCUGCGACAGGCUCUUCUUCAAUCCUCCCUGCUUUAUAAACCGCUGCUCCUUUAACGGCGUCUAUCAGCCCAGGCUGAUGAUCAGCAAAUUCCUUGCCUUUGGGCAGUACGCGAAGAAAGCGAUGAGGAAGCUGUGUUGGAAGGCCACAUGGAGUCUGACUCUGCUGGUUUUGGGAUUUGGUUUCUCUGAAACUUCUCAACAGAUCACCUUUGCGCGUCCUCCAGGGGAAACUCCAGGAAUCUUAAAACGCUCGCAGGCGUCCCCAGCCGACAGUGCAGCAGAGCCGCCAGCAGCAGCAGGUUGGGCGCUGGGAUCGAUGCUCGUAGACGUUAACCACUACCCCUGGGUAAUUCCCGAGCGGUAA